UAAAACUCAUUAUCCACUUACCCAUGGACCAUCUAUUCCCAAGAUGGUGGCAUACUCAGGGGAAGGUGGUGCAAAGUAUUUUGACAAAAGUGACGCGAGAAGACGCAUUCAUAUUGGGGAAAGCGCGAUUUGGACAUCAACCAUGCUAAAUAAUUCUCACCCUUACUAUUAUGUAGAUGGUGGUAGAGCGCCAGAGCUAUGGAGUCAAGUUAUUUUAUGAAUAUCCGUUUUAACUAUCUCCCUCUGAGGUGCGAUAAUUCAUUCAUCAUUGAGCCAUAUAGUCCACAUCGCUUCAGUGUCAAUUUGGGUUUUAUCAAAACAAGCCUGGUAUUUUGGGGAAUGAUGUCCGCGAUGUAUCUUUAGACGAAGGGCUCAUGUUUUGGAGGAUUUGCACGAUGGAUCGAUCUAUGUCACGAGCAGUUUUUCCUUCAAUCACUUCCAAUGUAAAGAAACUCUCUUCAGCUGACUACCAGACCUGGUGGAAGAAGACGCACGGGGAUUUCCUUGACAAACACCUGCAGACUUUAAUGAAUAUUGUUGGGCCAAUUGCUACCGCACUCUUGGAAGAAUCAGAUGAAGUAUGUGCAAAUGAAGUCCCCAAUACUAACAUCCCUUGUGCUUCAAAUGCUAAGUUGUCUGGGCAGCACCAAGGAAAGGAAGCUCAAUUGCCUUCAAAUGUUUUAGGAGAAAAGUCCCUUACUCAAGUCGUCUAUUCUUCCAAAAGACUAUCCCAAGAAAGGAGCGAGAGUAGCAAUGGAGAUCGUAACUUUAAGAGAGUGAAAGCACGUCCAAGCAGCUUGGAAGAUACUAAAACUCCUGUGGUUGAAAUCUCUGACAGCAUUGGUAGCCCUUCGAAGACUAUGACAGCUCCUAUUAAAGAGUCAAGUGGUCUCAGAGUAUUGCAACGAGAAGGGUCACAAGAUAGUACUGAGUCUAUAUCUGGUCCGGACUUAAUGCAACCACCUUUUACAGCCAGAGUAGGAAAAGAUUCAACUUCCCUUCCUCGUGAUGAAGUUAGAGAAAGAUUGAGUUCGAUAUACACAAGCGUCCAGCAAUCCGUGUUUGAUGGAAAGAAGGUUGUCCUAGACCAUCGAAAGAAGUUUAUCUCUACUCUUUGGGAUGUGAUUCAAGGUAAGCUCUCGAGAAGUGAUGUAGACUGCGCUUCAUCCCUUGAAGAUGAGAUCCGAGUGAUCCUCGAAGAGAUGGAUGGCAAGGAUGUGGAUGAUGUGGAAGCUGCAAGAAAAGAGUCGUUUAUAGCAGCUGGAGAGCGUCUUUCGAAUGCCAUGCUCGAAGAAUACGAAAAGGUUGCAGAAGUAUCCUCUAUCCAUCAAUCCCUAGAUAAGGUGAAGGAGAAGAUAGAGAAGCUGCGAAAAAAAGAGAGAGAUUUAGAAGCCCUCUUAGAAGUCACCGAGAAAGAAGUUGAAGAAGCCAAAUUAGGAGCCUCGACUGCUAGCAAUGAGUUCGAUGCAUGCUUUGACGUAGACUUAUCGAAUGCUGACGACUUGAUUGAUUUGGAGCGAAAGAAGGAGCGUCUAGAAGCUAUGCGCCAAGACUUAAUCAAUUAUAAAUUGUGUUUAGAUUAG